UCAUCUCAGAGUUCCCUGCAUUUUGAUCUUACAGAGCAAACUUGUAUAAAAUACUCUCUUUGAACUGAGCUGAGACGCGGGAAAAAGGGUUACUCGUUUUCUCAGCUCUGAAAAUGAAUUUUUUACUAGUUAUUCUUGUGGUACUUGCGUGUUCUGCAAGUGGUAAAGUUCAAAAAAGAGAAUCGCAGAGCGACGAAGAACAAGGUGAUGGAUAUCAAGAACAAGUUAAAAGCUGUCCAGCUCUUCAUUUUGGAGCAGGAGUGACCGUAGAUCCCCCAUCAUGUGCAGAUGGUCCAAGACCUAGUGGAACACUAUGCCACUUCUCCUGUAGUCGAGGCUACAGGGUGCAGGGCCCUCCCAUGUCAGUAUGCCACGAUGAUGGCUCCUGGCUUUAUGGACACAGGCAGAUYAACUGUUUGGAUAUAAAUGAGUGUAAAUUCAGAAAAGGAGGCUGCAGUCACACUUGUGUCAACACAGAUGGAGGGUUCUAUUGCAAGUGUCCUCAUCCACUGGUGCUGGACAAAGACGGCAAGAACUGCAGAGCUGUCGGGCUGGUCCUGAACUGCACUGCACAGAACAUUGAGAUCAUCAUUCCUAAAUACGCCUUGAGUGACCUCCAAGGUGACUACCUUCAACUUCGUGACCCGUCCUGCCAACCACGUGAAAAUAGAACACAUUACAUCUUCAACACCGAGCUGAAUGGCUGUGGAACUACUCGACGUCACACCAAAAACUUUAUCGUGUACAGCAAUAGAGUCACGGAGAAAGCUGUCGCACGACAUGGUCUCAUUACUCGUGUGGGAGAAGGGGAGUUCAAUAUUCCAUUCUGUUGCUAUUUCCUGGAUAAUGGAAUCGUCUCUUCUGUUGGUUACAAGCCUUUGGUGAAMGAGCUUGUCCUGAAAGAGAAAGGGUAUGGCAAGUUUAAGCUACGUAUGGACUUUUUCCGUACCAAGAACUACCAAACCGAAUACACCUGGGAUGAUUUCCCUGUUUCUGUGUAUCUGAGAGAGAGGCUUUACUUUGAAGUUUCCAUCGAUUCUAUCGAUGACAGUCUUGUGGUGUUUGCUGGGAACUGUUGCGCAACACCAACACGUGACCACAACAAGGCGGGACGAUUCCGACACGAACUCAUCCAUGAAGGGUGUAUUGUGGACUCUACUACACAAAGAGAACCCUCGCCCUCCCCCCACAAGCAGCGUUUCUCCGUUGAAGCCUUCAAAUUCGUUGGCAAAUUCCCAUUUGUCUAUAUGCAUUGUAGUGUAAUUGUCUGUAAGGCUGGUGACCCGAACUCACGGUGCUCCAAGGGAUGUAUUCCUGGGAUUCACCGCGGGAAACCAAUGAACGGACCUUACGCAAAGCGAAAUGACAUUCCUAAAUCACAUGACACACCUAACACAUCCAAUAAGAAAUCCCCAAUCCCAGAAUCACGUGACGCGCCUGAGAUACCCAAUAAGGAUGUACAAAAGAAAGCACCAAUCAGACACAACCGAUCUAUCGAGAAGCAUGGUCACGUGUUGGUCAAGAAAGAGAAGGAUCAUAAGUAUCUCUUGUCUAAGGGUCCUGUCUCAUUAUUGGAAGAAGAACCUGAGGUAGAGCGAGCAGCAGACGAUGAAAAAAUACCUGAAACCAAGCUGUCAGAAGAUGUGGAAGAAGCUGAUGAAAACCUUGGAAACAAAAAGAGUAAGAGCGGCGAAGAGCAGAAAGCUGCAAGUACGACCACUAUUUUGCUGAUUGCACUGACAGCCUUCACCGUUCUAGCAUUACUAGGGGUACUGUAUAUUGGACGUAAAGUCAAGCAAGCUUCAAAUAGAGGUCUUUACGAUUACAAGCCAAUGAAGUCCUGUUUACCAAGAGAAAGUAAGCUUGCUUUCUCUGGCGGAAUUUCCUUCAAAAUGAUGUUGUUUUGGAUUCUAGCGUUGGUUAUUCCAUCCUUAAAUGCACAAGAUAUAGAUUAUAUAGAUAAAGUUUGUCCACCUCUCCGCGUGGCAUCAGGAGUAUCUGUCGUCCCACCAACGUGCACACAUGACAAGAUGCGCGCAGGUAUAGUCUGCUCCUUCUCCUGUAACAAUGGUUACCGUGUCCAUGGACCACCAGUCAAGGAGUGUACUGACGGAGGUACCUGGACAGACGACCAUAUGAAUAUUUCUUGCACAGACAUGAAUGAAUGUAGGAUCAGGAACGGAGGAUGUAGUCACACAUGCAUCAAUACAGUUGGCAGUUACAGGUGCGAGUGUCCUUCACAUCUCAAGCUACACGAGGAUGGGAAAAGCUGUAAAGCCGAAGGUUUGAAACUGAACUGCGGAGCCAAAGAGAUGAGCAUUGUUAUCCCGAAGAACAUCAUUCAUAACCUUCACCACGAGCACCUUCGUUUGAAUGACCCUUCCUGUGUCGCUACAUCCAAUGGAUCCCACUAUAUACUGAGCACCAAGCUGACUGGAUGUGGAACGACCUCGAGGCAGAUCAAAAGCUAUAUUGUCUACAGCAAUAAGGUUUCUUUGACAACCAAAGAAAAAGACCUUGAGAUAUUCGCAGACAAUUGUUGCUCCACACCGACACGAGACCAUGAGAAGUCAAAGUACCUGAGACACACGUUCAUCCACAAUGGAUGUCCUACUGACAAGACAGUAAGGUUCCAUUCCUCGCGAUCUAAAACAACCCAACGCUUCAGCCUGGAAGCCUUCAAGUUCCUGGGUGACCAUCCCUUCGUCUUUGUCCACUGUCAUGUGCUGGUCUGUGACGCAAAGAAUCCCAACUCUCGAUGCAAGAAAGGCUGUAUUCCAGGCAAACCUAGAGCUAAGUCACGCAAGACUAAGCGUGACGUUAGCGUUUCCAGUUUGAAAAAGAUGAGCGCGGUCACGCUGAGCCAGGGACCAUUUCUUGUUGAUAAAGAGACGCGCAAGGAAACCAAGCGAGGUGAAAUUCCAGUACCAAAAAUGACACGAGAAAAGAUAAUGAAGCAAAAUAAUGAGAAAGAGGAGAAAGAGACCAGCGAAGAAAGAGGGUUUCCUCAUGUUGGGAGUGUUCUUUUGAUCGCUCUAACUGUAGCCUCAGCCAUGGCGUUAGUAGGAGUCAUUUACAUCAGUUUUAAAUCAAGACAAGUUGUUCCAUUUKGAUACAACCAACUUACCACAAGGAGUGAUCGUCUUUGAUUCACCAUCAAGUAGCCAAUGCAUUUUAUUUUUGUACCUAACCUGCUCUACUGAGGGUGUCCAUUCUUUAUCGUCGUUCUCAUUGUACAGCGCGUUUUUCCCAGACAAGACCACUGAUACAGCGAAAGCUUUUCUCAGGACGUUGAUAAAUAAUUUUGAAAAUGAUUUUGACCACUUCCAAAUAUCUUUUAUACUUUAUCUAGUACUCUAACCAAAUAAUUUCCAGUUGUAUCGCUUUCUACAUACCCUACAACCUCUUUUACUUUUUAAUCCUUUUAAUUCGUAAAUCCUUCGCAUUCACAAAUGUUCAAAAAUGAAAUGCGCCGCGGGCAAUGGUUCGCCCCAGAGGGCGUCUGGAUGACAAAUCCUACUCACUGAAUGUACGCACACUCAUCAAUGUAUACCGACAAAUUCAAACAAUAAAGUCCUUCAAAAUAUA